CACCGGCUCCGGUCUCCAGCAGCCUGCGAGGGGCGCUGUUGCCACGCUCGCCGCCGCCGCCGCCGCCGCUUCCCGCGCCUCCGUGCCCAGACGCGGCGCUCUGUUCUCCUCCGCGCCUCAGCCCUCGCCGCCAGCGCGCCCGCCGCCUCCGCUUAUGUACUUCGCCGCCUCCAUGAACGGAUUCCGCGACAGCCGGAUCGAGGAGGGCUCCUUCCUCUUCACCUCCGAGUCGGUGGGGGAAGGGCACCCAGAUAAGAUUUGCGAUCAAAUUAGUGAUGCUGUCCUAGAUGCCCAUCUUAAACAAGAUCCAAAUGCCAAAGUAGCGUGCGAAACUGUUGCAAAGACUGGAAUGAUUCUUCUAGCUGGGGAAAUAACAUCCUCAGCUGCGGUUGACUAUCAGAAAAUUGUUCGUGAAACAAUCAAGCACAUUGGCUAUGAUGAUUCCUCAAAAGGCUUUGACUACAAGACCUGCAAUGUACUGGUCGCUCUGGAGCAGCAGUCACCUGACAUAGCUCAAGGAGUCCAUCUCGACAGAAAGGAAGAAGAUGUUGGUGCUGGAGAUCAGGGUUUGAUGUUUGGGUAUGCCACCGAUGAGACAGAAGAAUGCAUGCCACUGACUCUUCUUCUAGCACACCAGCUGAAUGCAAAGUUGGCAGAACUCCGUCGUAACCAUUCCUUGCCCUGGCUGCGACCAGACUCGAAAACUCAGGUGACUGUGCAGUACAGGCAGGAUCGUGGUGCUGUCAUCCCUAUCAGAGUCCACACAAUUGUCAUUUCCGUUCAACAUGAUGAGAAAAUUGGACUGGAUGAAAUGAGGGAUGCCUUGAAAGAGAAGGUGGUCAGAGCCGUUGUGCCUGCAAAAUACCUGGACGAUGAUACUAUCUAUCACCUGCAGCCUAGUGGCCGUUUUGUAAUUGGGGGUCCCCAGGGGGAUGCUGGCUUGACUGGUCGGAAGAUCAUAGUGGACACCUAUGGUGGUUGGGGAGCCCACGGAGGUGGUGCUUUCUCUGGUAAAGACUACACGAAAGUCGACCGCUCAGCUUCUUACGCUGCUCGCUGGGUUGCAAAGUCCCUUGUGAAAUCUGGUCUUUGUCGAAGAGUGCUUGUUCAGGUCUCCUAUGCCAUUGGAGUGGCCCAUCCACUGUCAGUUUCGAUUUUCCAUUAUGGCACCUCUCAAAAAACCGAGUAUGAGCUGCUAGAGAUUGUGAAGAAGAACUUUGACCUCCGCCCAGGGGUCAUUGUCAGGGAUCUGGAUCUGAAGAAGCCUAUUUAUCAGAAGACUGCAGCCUAUGGUCACUUUGGUAGGAACAACUUCCCAUGGGAAGUGCCCAAAAAGCUUAAAUACUGAAUAUGUUGGGCGUCUUUCCCCAGACCUGUUGGUGUACUUUACAGAGAAACCUUCAGGCUUUUCUGUGGGAAAGAGCCCCUAUUCCCUAAACUGGUCCUGUCCUUCUCUGCUCUUAACUUGGCACACUCUGUCCAUGGCUAUGAAUAUUAGUCCUCCGGGGACCGCAAAUUGCACUGUGCUUUCUCCUCUUCCUGGUGUGCUUGACGUAUGAGUAGAGCCAGUUGAGUGUAGGGCACUAUAUGUAAUAUAUAGAGAAGAACAGACUGUACUCACAAGAGCGCUUCAGUCUAAUCCUUUCCAUUUCCUCCCUUCACACAACGAACAAGAAACUUCCUAUGUAAUGUACGCAGUCUGAUUCCAUAUGCGCUCUUCAGGCCCUUAGGCAGCAUGGUGCAGUGACUUGGCUCUGUUGAGAAUAAAGCCCACCGCUCCACCUCGGCUCCGCUCGGUCUCCCGCGAGCCGCCACGACCACUUCAGCAGAUAGCCAGCCGUGCAUGCAACAAGUUCCAGUGGGAACUUCAGUCUCGCGCAGUUUUUACACAGAGGCAAUUCGGGUCCAGCAGUCAAUGGUAUUACGCUCCACAAUCCAGUCAGCACCAUAUUUUAAUUAUUUCCUGCUCUUUGUCGGGGGGUGGAUGUAUUAAGGUUUUAAAAAAAAUCCUAUGCACACGUUUAGCACUAGCCAAACCUCACCAUCUUUAUCCAAGGGGCGCUUGGCCAGCCUUGUGGCGUAUUACAGAGAAGUCACAGGGUCGGACCCAAGGUCUGUAGGCUGCACACUUUUGGCGCCUGGAAUUUUUUUCUUUAGAGCCAAGAACUUCAUGUUGCACAAAACUCCCAGGGUUUUGUUUUCUAAGCCAGGUCCAAAUUGCAUUCUGAAGUACUGGUGUAGCUACAGAGAAGCCAGUGCCAAAUGCAUUUGGAAGGGAUGAGGGGAGAAACCCUACAUACUUGAAACUUUUUAAUUGCUUAUUUAUUGUGUUUGAGACAGUGUGGUGUGAGUACAGAGAAGCCCUUGUCUCAAAUGGCAGCUUUUAAACUUUAUUUUGACACCAUGAAUUCCUUGACAGUUUCCAGCAUUCCCUGCUAGGCCAAGGUGUCCUACAGAAAAGCCUUGGGUCACAACCUACAGGGGGUCUGGCUUGUGUAAAACAGGGGAGGGCAGUGCUGGGUGACUGGCCUUGGGAGGGGCUAACUUGGCUGGUGUUGUACAGAGAAGCCAGCUUGUUUACCUGCCCGUCCCAUGGCCCGUGUCUUCAGCCGGAAGUGCCUUUUGCGUUCCACUUUUUUUCUGGGCAUUUAUUACAUAUGUCUGGUUCUUGAAAUUCCAAGUUGAUCUUAAUAAAGUGCUAGGUUCUAAA